UCAGACCCUGGUGCAGGGUCCUCUCACUCCCACUCUGCUCACCAGCUCUCCAAGGUAAGAAACACACAGACCUCGUCCUUCGCACGUGCACUCCUUUGCCUGGUCCUUGGCCAAGGGUUAAUUCACACAGGAAAUGGCGUCCAAGCAACGAGCGGGCUACAAGUGUCGCAUAGCAGGCGUGCUGCUGCUGCUGCUGGCCAGCGUUGCCGCCCUGGUCGCUGUUGCCGUCAUCCAGGACACCUGGGCGUUUAAAGAGUACGGCCUCGAGUACGGGAUAGUGAUAGACUCGGGCUCGUCCCGCUCCAACGUGUACCUCUACGAGUGGCCCGGGGAGAAGGAGAAUGAAACAGGAAUCGUAACGGAGACACUGAACUGUAAAGUUGCUGGCGACGGGAUCUCCGAGAUGAGGGUUGACCCCGACAAAGAUGCCGAAUCAUGGAAAGGAUUCCAGCACUGCAUCGACAAGGUCACCGAGGCCGUCCCCGCUGAAAAACACAAGACCACGCCCCUCUUUCUCGGAGCGACGGCCGGCAUGAGACUGCUGCAUGAGGAGAAUAAACAGAGGUCCAAUGAAAUCAUGGCAAGUCUCAGUGAAUACCUGAGUUCCUUGCCCUUCGACUUCCACAAUGUCUCCAUCAUUACCGGUCAAGAAGAAGGGCUGUACGGGUGGAUCACUGUCAACUACCUCAUGGGAAACUUCCUGGAGAAGAACCUGUGGAACACGCAUGUGCACCCAGAAGGGGGGGAGACAGUGGGAUCCAUGGACCUCGGCGGCGCGUCAACUCAGAUCGCCUUCGCAGUCCAGGAUGAGCUCAAGGGGCCCGACUACAUGCACGUCAAACUGUACGGAUACCCGUAUAACGUGUACACUCACAGUUUCCUCUGCUAUGGCAAAAAUGAGGCUGAGAAGAGGGUUCUGGACAAGAUAGUGCAGGAAUCCCCCGACCCAGCAUACAUUCUGAACCCCUGCUACCCGGAAGGUUUCAACAUCACCAUGAAGGCCUCAUCCAUCUACAACACAGAGUGCACAAAGGCGCCGGCAAACCACGACCCGGAUCGAGACCUGUUCAUGGUGGGAGCGCCCGACUCAGACAAGUGUGGGAGCGUAGUGAAGUCAAUAUUUGAUUUCCAGACUUGCGCAUCAGCCCAGUGCUCGUUCAACGGGGUCGAGCAGCCUCCAGUCAGCGGAGGGUUUAUGGCAUACGCUGGAUUCUUUUACACUGCCAGGGCACUGCUGCUGAACGGCAUGUCUGAUAUGGAUCAAUUCAACUCGUCAGUUGGGAAGUUUUGCCGUACACAUUGGUCUGUGCUGAAGAAAGAAAAGAUAUGGAUCUCCGACAAAUACCUCAAGACCUACUGUUUCGGAGCUCACUACGUCUUCACUUUGCUGGCAGACGGCUACAAGUUUGACCGAGAGACGUGGAAAGGCAUUAGGUUUGAAAAGGAGGUGAAGGACACCAGCGUGGGCUGGAGUCUGGGCUACAUGCUGAGCAUGUCCAACAUGAUCCCGUCCGGCGUGAAACACAUCACCCCCAUGACAAACUCGGUCUUCGCCGGCCUCAUCUUUCUGUUCUCCGCACUCACCAUUGUGCUGCUCGUCGCGGCUUUCAUCUUCCUCAUCCGCACAUGCUACUGAGAGCGUACAGCGCGUCACCAAAGGAAGCCAAUCUGCCGUCAGAAGCCUUGGGGGCCGCGGCGAUCCAGUGAGUAACUGGAGCGUCCUACAGUUGCUAAGAAAAGUGUGUGUGUGUGUGUGGGGGGGGGGGGGGGGGGGGUUAAUUUUUAAAACACAGUUAAUUUUUGUACCUCAGGGAAACUAAAACACAUUAAGUGAACAAGCCGUCUUUUUCAAACUGCACCAAAGGGAAAUAUCGGUGUUUCCCAGGUAAAGGGCCGAAACAGUUGCCUGGACGACGCACACAUUAGCCCCCCGGGUAUAUGUCCCCGUUCCUCUUGCACGUUGUGUAAUCUCAAAAUUUCAUAAUGUUAAAAUGAGAUUAUGUACAGUUAUGUGCAGUGCGUCGUCACAUGCACACAUGGAGCCCCUCAGGCACGAGCAUGACAUAUUCCCUCUGCUAACCACUGUAUUAUGUUCCUGUACUAUACAUGUAAUCGCAAUGAAUGCAUUUUGCCUUACCUGCUUUAUUGUCUUAUUUUAUACAGUGUAUCUGAACCUAUAACUGCACAACAAAUCUGAAUGAAAACCUGCCCAAUAAAUAGUGAAUGUGCAAUUUGCCGUUGUUUUCUUAGGAUCUUGCAAACUAAACACAUGUUACGUACAGUCAUAUUACCGUAUGCAGUCUAUUUGCAAACAAUUAAACGAUUACAUCAUA